AUGGCUACGUUUGAUUUGGAAGCAUUUGUGGCUGAGCCAACGCACGUGGCGUUGGAGUUGUGUAGAAAAGUAGAUUUGCUGGAGAUAGCGCGACACUAUGCGAUCCCUGUGUCCCCUGCGUUACGUGUGGGUGAGUUGAGGGAGGCUAUACUGGCAGAGUUGGUGGCCAACGGGGUUGUGGUAUUGCCUGUGUCGAGUGAUCCAGUGGCAGGAGCGGCAGUGGGAGAUGCAGUGGUGUCCCCCGUGCGUCCUGGAGUAGAGCGCGUGGAGCAGCCGCAGCUGGGCUCUCCCGCGGCGCUGUUUGAGGAGGCUGAGGAGAAGUCUCCCGGUUUAGGGUUGCGCUCCCCUCGCGAUGCACGCGUGGAUGUGCGCAUUGCUCGUCUGAAGCACGAGAGGGAAAAAGAGGAGGGAGAGUUUCAGUUGAAACGUGAAAUUGAGUUGAGGCGUAUAGAGUUCCAGGAGUUCCAGGAGCGGCUAAGCGCGCUGUUAGUCUUACGUGACACUGGUGGCUCACAGUCUUUCAUUCUCUCUGGUGUCCUGCCUCUGGGUUUGCAGACUGACUGUCAUGUGAGCACUAUAGUGAAAGGCAUCGGCCUUAGCUAUGUGCCAGCACCGCUGCACAAUGUCCAUGUUGAGUCGAAUCUUGUUAGUAGAGUAUUCCCUGUGGCCGUGCGGGACCAGUUCCCCAUCGAUGGGGUGGAGUUCAUCAUGGGGAAUGACCUUGCAGGUGGCAAAGUGUACCCCUCCCCUGAGGUUGUUACUCGCCCUAUCCUGAGCUCUGAUGUGGAUGAGCUGGCUGAGAAACACCCUGACGUGUUUUCUGUGAGCGUUCUGACCCGCGCUCAGUCUAAAAUGGCGAGAGCAAAGUGA